UACCCUUUCACUCACCUCUCCUCUCAAUCCGCCACCAUAUUCCUUUCAUCUCCCACACCUUCAUCCUCCGAUCUCCAUUCAUGGCAUCCCAUAAAACCCAAUUCGAUAAUAAUAAUAACAAUAAUAAUAAUGAAGACCCAAAAUCUUUACAAAAUUACCCAGUUCCAUUAUCACCACCAUUGCCACUUAUAUCUAAAGAUAUAGAGCUCAAGAGAGCCAUGUCAGCUUCUUCUAAAUCAAGUCUUUUUUCUUUAAGUCAAAGUGAUGUGCUUUUUGAAGAUGAAUGGCUUAUUGCUUUGAAUAAACCUCAGGGUGUUUAUUGUGAGACUGUUUUGGCUUCUGUGCCGAGUCUACUCAGUGAUUCUGUUUUUGACUCAGUUGAACUUGGUACCCAGUCAAAGAAGACGGAGUUACAUCUUGCAAAUAGACUUGAUCGUGAUACAAGUGGUGUAAUAUUAAUAACCAAGUUGCAUAAAGUGGCUGCAAAGCUUGUUAAGGCUUUCACGGAUCACAAAGUGAGAAAGACAUACAUUGCUCUUUGUGUUGGCCACGCUCCAAAAUGGAAAAAGAUUACUGUUAAAUCAGGCCAUGGUCGAUCAAAGUUUGGUGCUUGGCGUGUGUAUGCAACAAAUGAUGUUGGUAGGAUGUUACCAGGUGGAUCUUCUAUUAAACACAUGGAAACUUUAUUUGAAGUACUAUCAAUAAACGGUGCAGAAUGUAGUAAAGAGUUGAGUGAAUUAGAUGUGGUUGUUGAAGAUAAAUCUUCAAUUGAAGGUGAUGGAAAUAAGGAUGAGGUUUUGGUGAGGGCGUUUCCUAGAAGUGGAAGGACACAUCAAAUUCGGUUGCAUUGUCAAUAUCUUGGAAUUCCUGUAAGGGGAGAUGUGAAGUAUGAAGGUGUUUAUGAAUGGAAUGGGAGAGUUUAUGAUGGUCAUGAACUUCAUGCCGAAAGUUUGUCUUUUGACCAUCCUGUGACAGGUUUUCCUAUUGUCGUUCAUGCCCCUUUGCCUUUAUGGGCUCGUGAAGUGAUGCAAUCGUCUUCUGAGUGAGCAGGGAAUUUUUUUUUUUGAAUGUGGCUUUAAGGCUUUUCAUUACCAUUCAUUGGCAAUACAAUAAGAUUGACUUUGAGACAUGUUCCUCUUUCCUUGUACAUAAAGGAAAAGCAUUUACCAGAGAAUGCUGGUACCUUUUUGAUUCUUUAAACAUGAGGACAGGAACCAAAGUCGUUCUAAACAAGUUUGUUGACUUUAUAAUUUGACCCAAACUAGAGUUGCAAUUACACAAGAAGAUAAAGGGACACAUUUUAGAUUCGUAGCAAAGCUUCUAUCUGUUCAGUUCGAUGGGAUGUGAAAUUUUUCAUCCUUGUAUUGUAAGUAUGUAGUUCAUUUCCGUUUUGUUAUUGGGCUAUAAAGUAUAAACAGUUGCAGUGUGAAAUUUGAUCAAUAUAUAUCUAAUGAUCCUUAAAAACCUA